GUUAGUCGCCGUCUUCAGUGGUGUGCCCUGGGUUUGCCUCUCCGUCGCUGCCGUCCGAUCCUUGCAUCAGCGCCCCCCUCCUUGGCUCUUGCCCAACCGCUCUUCUUGCCCUCCUACCCUCAGCUACCCCCCGGUUUCUGCCGUCGGGGCUCUGGGGUCGGGCGAAUGAUGCGGUCGGAGAGCGGAGCUGAGCGCCUGGGCCCGGCGUCUGCGCAGGUGGGGACGGCUACGGCCUCGGCGGUGACCAGGGCCACCCCAGCGGGCGGCGGCCCCGACCCAGAGGCCUCAUCGGCCUUCCCCGGACGUCACCUGAGCGGGCUGAGCUGGCCACAGGUGAAGCGGCUGGACGCGCUGCUGAGCGAGCCGAUUCCCAUUCACGGGCGAGGCAACUUCCCCACGCUGAGCGUGCAACCCCAGCAGAUUGUGCAGGUGGUCCGCAGCAGCCUGGAAGAACAGGGACUACAGGUACACAGUGUGAGGCUUCACGGUUCUGCUGCCAGCCACGUGCUGCAUCCUGAGAGCGGCCUGGGCUACAAGGACCUGGACCUGGUGUUCCAGGUGGACCUGCGCAGCGAGGAGUCCUUCCAGCUGACCAAGGCAGUGGUGCUGGCCUGCCUGUUAGACUUCCUGCCGGCCGGUGUGAACCGAGCCAAGAUCACACCACUGACUCUCAAGGAGGCAUAUGUGCAGAAGCUGGUAAAAGUGUGCACAGACACAGACCGCUGGAGCCUCAUCUCACUGUCUAACAAGAGCGGCAAGAAUGUAGAGCUCAAGUUUGUGGACUCGGUGAGACGCCAGUUUGAGUUCAGCGUAGAUUCCUUCCAGAUCAUCCUGGACUCCCUGCUACUCUUUGGCCAAUGCUCACCCACGCCCAUGUCUGAGGCCUUCCACCCAACAGUGACAGGUGAGAGCUUGUAUGGGGACUUCACUGAGGCCCUGGAGCACCUGCAGCACCGUGUCAUUGCCACACGCAACCCUGAGGAGAUCCGUGGUGGUGGCCUCCUUAAGUACUGCCACCUCCUGGUGCGGGGCUUCCGGCCACGGCCCAGCACUGAUGUGAGUGCCCUGCAGCGCUACAUGUGUUCCCGCUUCUUCAUCGACUUCCCAGACCUGGUGGAGCAGCAGCGUACCCUGGAGCGCUACCUGGAGGCCCACUUCAGUGGGGCAGACACUGCCCGCCGUUAUGCCUGCCUGGUGACACUGCACCGGGUUGUCAACGAGAGCACUGUGUGCCUCAUGAACCACGAGCGCCGCCAGACCCUGGACCUCAUUGCCACGAUGGCACUCCAGGCACUCGCUGAGCAGGGCCCAGCCGCCACUGCUGCCCUGGCCUGGUGUCCUCUAGGCUCUGACCGGGUUGUGCCAGCCACUGUCAAUUACUACGUGACCCCUGUGCAGCCUUUGCUGGCUCGAGCCCACUCCUAUCCCACAUGGCUACCUUGUAACUGACUCAGACCCUGGCCAGAGGGGUGGGGACUGGGCCUCACAGGGUGGGGUGGGACAUCCAGAAGUGUGUGGAGAACAUAACUAGAGAUAGGCAACCUGUGCCAGGUGGCCCAGCACUGCUACAGAGUUGGGCCUUCAGUAGAACAGACCAGACUUCCCUGAGUGAGGCCCCUGUGGCAUUAAGGGCAAGCUGGGAUUCUUGACAAGAGAUCCUUUGGUGGUUGCACCACACUUUUGGACCAGAAUGAUUAUGGGGUAUAGAGACAUUUAUCUUGAGGCUCAAUU